AAAUCGCCCUCCCUCAAACUCAUCGCCUCGGGCUUUUCCUUCUUCGUGGCGGGAGUCAACGACGGGAGCCUGGGCUCGCUGCUCCCCUACGUGCUGCAGACCUACGGCAUCAGCACCAACCUCGUGGUCGUAGUGUAUGCGUCGACUCUGAUCGGCUGGCUCCUCGCCGCCCUCACCAACAGCUCCCUGUGCCAGUAUCUCGGGCUCGGAGCCAUGCUGGCCCUGGGCGCCGGCCUGCAAGUGCUCACCCACGCGCUGCGGGCAUGGCUGCCCCCAUUCCCCCUCUACGCCGUCACCUUCUUCCUCGCCAGUCUCGGGCAGGCCUAUAACGACACCCACGCCAACACCUACGUGGCCUCCGUGAAAGCGGCCCAUCGCUGGCUUGGCUUCAUCCACGCCAUGUACAUGGCCGGGUGUCUCGUUGGGCCGCUGAUCGCCACGGCAGUAGCGUCAGCAGGUGACUCGUCGCAGUGGAACCUUUUCUACGUCGUUCCCCUGAGUUUGGGGCUGGCAAACCUCACCUUGGUGCUCGUUGCCUUUCGCGAUCGGAUGACGAUCGCCUCAGCCCCAGCGGCUGCAGCGCGACAGAGCAAUACCUUCUUAUCCAGACGGAGUCGCGCCAUCCAGGAAAUGAAAGAUACGCUCCGCGUGCCCGCCGUCUGGCUCACAAGCUUAAAUCAAAAGACUAAGCGGACAGGCUGGAUCGUCGAGUAUCUCGUCAACGUCCGCCACGGAAAGGUGCAGCAGAUGGGCUAUAUCCCGACCGGCUUCUACGGCGGCGGUUUCCUGGGCCGGCUGCUUCUCGCGGAGCCGACUCAUCGUCUGGGGGAGCGUCGCAUGGUGUUCAUCUACGCGGCGUUGUGCGUGGGACUGCAACUGGUAUUUUGGCUGGUGCCGAAUAUUGCCGUCGAGGCCGUGGCCAUUUGUCUCAUGGGGUUCUUCUCGGGCCCGUUCUUUGUCACUGGAAUCUCCGUCGCCUCCAAGAUCUUCCCGGACGAUAUUCGAUCUUCGGCUAUUGCGUUAGUCUUUGUUCUCGGCCAAGUCGGCGGCUCGCUCUUCCCUGUCCUGACGGGGAUCAUCUCCGUCCAUACCGGCGUCAAGGCCCUGCAGCCGAUGUUGCUGGCGCUUCUGUGCGCUACCGGGAUUAGUUGGCUACUUGUGCCCAAGGCUCCGAGAUUGCGGACAGAGUAGGCCGAUGAUGUUCUUUCUCGGUACGACAUGUGCUGGGGGUUUGAUUCACACGCAGCACUCCAGGUCCUGACACUUCAAGCGCUUAUAUCAGUGAGAUCUUUGGUUGUACCUAGAAACUCAGGCCUGAGAACGACGGCUAGAAAUGAAUUUUCAGGCGUGAUCAGAUACUCCAUUUCUGCAUGUCGACAGAAACACUUCUACUAGAAAUGAUAUGAUGCCGAACAUAGAAGGAAACGCAUCAUCAUUGACUUCAAUCUGGCAUAUGACUACGGAAAGCCGGCAAUCAUCACCUUGAACACAUCCUGGCAUCCCGCCUUGACCAG